AUGAAGCAAGUUGCUGUCUGUGGCUUCAAAGUUGAGCUGUGGCGCAGUUUUCAUGCACCAGGGUCCGUGCUGGUCGCGCUGCAACAGACAGAGCUAAAAGCUACAACAGAGCCUAGGCUUUGUGUUUUCAUGGCAGGGGAGUCGCUCUCCCUCAUCUCUCUAGUCGCAACAUCAACAAUUCUAAUAACCAAGGGAGCAACCGAGCUCACCACGGCUUCGGCCAGAUCGACACAUAUACUAACCAACAGGGACACUAUAGUGGGAGGUUAUAUCGCCAUAUUCCAGUCUGAGCGGAAAGUUAAAGAGACUUUGGCCCAUAUCUUGCAGAACAUUCAAGAGCUCCACGGCAUUCGACAAGCUACGCAUAAAGAACCCUAUCAGACGCUCUUAGCCAACCUCUUCGUGCUCUGCCCACUUCAGACACUCGAAAUGGCCACUCCCGUUCGGACAGCCACCAUCGCUGGCCCUUCAGUGACCGAUAGUCCAGGCACCUGGCGUCACCCGCGACUCAAUGAGAUCACCAGACGUCGUAAUGCGACGACCUUUUCAGAAAAGAACGUGCGCCAGAUCGCCUACAAUGUUAUUGCGCUGCUAGGGUUCUGGUCUGCACAGCUCCUAGCCAAGCUCAACAUUGGCUCUCAAGCUCUUCCUAGUACUUUCAGAGUAUAUCUGGGCUGGGCCUGGUUCAUUCUUCAACUCAUCCCCUUCGUCAACAUUGGUGUCGCAUGUCUGCCUUUGAUUCGGCCGAAAGACGAUCUAUCCGACAUUCCUCUCACAUCUGCCCAGCGCCAACUGCUGGGUCUAGAUCCUUCGUCGGCCGCGCCAACUCCCGACGCCAAGUUCAGCACCCCUCCUCGAUACUCUCGCACACCUUCCCUCGGUGGUUCAGUUGGAAGCCGUGGAAGUUACAACAGUUCACCUCUCUCUAGCCGAGGUAGCCCCUUUGUCCAGGGAUCCCCGUUGGGAAGCCCUCUUUUCCAGAAGAGCACCAACAGCUUCGGGAGUAGCUUCGGCAACAGCUUCAACGGCAGAAGAUCUUCUUUCGGAUCAACAAGUCCUUUCGCUGCUAGCUCUUCUUCCAAUGUCUUCUCUAACCCUACUUCUCCCGGCACUCCUGGUGGUAAGCGAACAAGUGUUGGACUGAACAGCAAGUGGUUGUAUGAGAAGGGACGACGGCCGUCCGGUAGCGCAUGGGGCAAAUAA